UGGAAAACGUCGGAAUCGAGCUGAUAUGUUUGAGGACAUUUGUACAUUUGGCGCUAUUUAAACGGAGCCGUCAACACUUCAAUUUACUUUCUAUAUAAAUUGGAGCUUCGCCAUGAUUUGCUGUAACGCGCAUGCGCACAGAAUCGGACCUUAAGCGAUGGCGAAAUUCCUGCUUUUUAUGCAAGGAGGACCAACCUGGGAACCCAAGUUAUCUCGAUAGAACUGACCACUUAGGUGGUGUGGGAGGGUUCGCACCGAGGGGGAAGUUGCUCCUCAUUGCAGCCCGCUGACGUGGACGGCAGAAGGAGAGAAAAAAGGCGACAAAUUUCAGUGCGUUGCAUCGCUUUAUCGUCCAACAACCGUCUGAUUGAGAGACCCUCUCUAGUGGUGUGAAUGAGGGAAACAUGGCAGACCACACCCCGCCUCUGGAGUCCGGCCAGCUUCUCAGCCCUGAACUCCCAAUCCUGGCAUCACCUCCGCCUCCAGCCAUGGUCAACGGGGAGGGCCCCCAGCAGGUAAUCCUGGUGCAGGUAAACCCAGGUGAGGCCUUCACUAUUCGACGAGAGGAUGGUCAGUUUCAGUGUAUCACAGGUCCUGCUCAGGUUCCCAUGAUGUCUCCAAAUGGUUCAGUGCCUCCAAUCUAUGUGCCUCCUGGAUACAUUUCACAGAUCAUUGAGGAGAACGGAGUGCGGCGGGUGCUGGUGUUGCCACAGCAACCCGACUUCCACCCGGGCGGCCACUCACCUCUCCACCAUGCUCCGCCGCCUCCCCACGCCCACCUGCCUGCCUUUAUCCCGCACCCGGCCAUGAUGCCCCCGCCGCCUCAGCUGUACACGGGAAUGGUGGGCGGAGUGAGCGACAUGAGCUCGCAGUACGUCUCCCAAUAUCACCCGGCUCACAUCUACUCAGAGCAAGUCAACUCUGCAGAUUCCCACACCCAACACAGCCGCCCGGCAUUUGUCCAUAGAGAUGACAGAACGAGCAAAACAUACGAGCGCCUCCAAAAGAAGCUGAAGGACCGUCAGGGAGGCAGUGGCGGGGUGCAGGUAAAGGACAGCCCUCCCCCUUCGCCGCAGAAGACGAGCGGAAGCUUCUCGACGCCCAACGUCCACAACGGUGUGGAAGGCAAAGGGCCCGAGGCCGAGCUGCCCGCCGGCCAUGUGGUGGACAAGCUAGCAGGUCGGGGCAAAAACGCAGAGGCUGAAGAGCUGGAUGCAGCAACACAAGCCCUGCAAGCGCUGCUGAGCGCCAUCAGUAAACCGGUGGUGUCAGACAUCCAGGCCCGGGCGGUCGAGGCCAGCUGGAGCGCUCCCAAAACGGAGGACGACAGCACCCCCACGGGGGCCCUCAGCUAUGAGGUGUCUGUCUCGUUUAGCGGCAAGGAUGGCAAGUACAAGAGCAUGUACUGUGGCGAGGAGCUAAGUACAACUCUAGAGAACCUUCGACCAGCAACAGACUAUCACAUCAGGGUCCAGGCCACGUGUAACUGUUUACAGGGAAGCCCGUCGGAAGCCGUGAGCUUCACCACGCUAAGCUGUGAGCCGGAACCUCCCAAUGCUCCCAAGAAAGCCAGCGGGACCAAGAACUCUCUCGUACUCCAGUGGAAGGCUCCCUGCGACAACGGUUCCAAGGUCCACAACUACAUUCUUCAAUGGGAUGAGGGGAAGGGAAAUGGCGUGUUUGAGCAGUGCUACUAUGGACCUCAAAAGCAGUACAGAGUGGCCAAGCUUGCACCAGCCUCCAGAUACUCCUUCCGCCUCGCGGCUAAAAAUGACAUGGGUGUCAGUGAGUUCAGUGAAUCUGUGGAGCUGUUCACCUCGUGCAGUGUGCCGUCGUCGCCGUUGCCUCCCGAUUUGGAGAUGGCCGGCGUCACCUGGCUGAGAAUUAAGUGGCUGCGCCCCAGCAGCUCGCCCAAAGAGGACGACGUCUGCUACGUCCUGGAGAUGGAGGAGGAAGGCUCGGGUUACGGCUUCCAGCCCAGCUACGACGGUGACGAGCUCUCCUGCUGCGUCAGAAACCUCCACAGGAGCACCAAGUACAAGUUCCGGGUGGCGGCGUAUAACUCGGAAGGCAAGAGUAACCCCAGCCCGGUGGUGGAGUUCAUCACCAAACCGGACAGACCCGGCUAUCCCUCCAAGCCCGUCGUCAAGGGCAAAGUUCUGCCCAACAGCUUCAAGAUGGCCUGGGAGCCCCCCAAAGAAAAUGGCGGAGCGGAUGUCACCAAGUAUGUUGUGGAGAUGUCGGAAGGUUUAAGCGGUUUGACGUGGGAGCUGGUGUAUUCGGGCCCGGCCACGGAGCACCUGUGCGAUGGUCUCAAGCCCGGCUGCUCCUACCAAGCGAGAGUGCACUGUAUGAGCGAGGGGGGGCAGAGCCCGCUGUCGGAGACCCUGCAGGUCCAGACUCCCGCGGUGCCCCCAGGGCCCUGCCAACCCCCCCGAUUGGUGGGCAAGCCCAAAGCCCGCGAAUUGCAGCUCCGCUGGGCUGCGCCUCAGGUGGACGGUGGCAGCCCGGUGUCGUGCUACAGCGUGGAGCUGAGCGGGCCGCAGUCGGAGGAGAGCAGGGAGGUCUACCAAGGUCCUGAGCUGGACUGCUCCGUGGGGGGCUUGAUGCCCGGCAGGACCUACGGCUUCCGGCUCAAGGCUGGAAACAAGGCCGGGUUCGGGCCACUCUCCGAACGCUAUGAUGUCACCACCGGCCCCGGGGCCCCCGAGCAGUGCAAAGCUCCUUCCAUCACGUGCAAAUCACCCAGCUGUGCCGUCGUCAGCUGGGAGGCGCCACCUUGCAACGGGGCUCCGGUGACAGAGUUUCGUCUGGAGUGGGGGGCCGCCGAGGGCUCCAUGCAAGUCUGCUACAGCGGAGCGGCCCUCGGCCACGAGAUGAAGGGCCUGCUCCCCGCCACCAAUUACUUUUGCAGGGUGCAGGCUCUGAACGUGGCGGGCGUGGGCCCUUUCAGCGAGGCGGUCUUGUGCCUGACCCCCUGCUCAGUCCCCGCCGCCGUCGGCAGCAUCUGCGCAAUGAAGGAGUCCGAGCUCACCAGGUUCGGCGUUGAUGACAACGACGACGAGGAGGAGGAGGAAGACGAGGAGGAAGAUGAGGACGAAUGCAUCCGGCCACCGCCACCGCCGCUCUACUCGCCAUCCACCUGCGUGGGGAUCUGCUGGGACCCCCCCUGCGACCACGGCUCGGAGAUCACAUCCUACCUGAUCGACCUGGGCGAACGCCAGCCCGUCGUGGUCGGCCCCGUCACAAAACACGUCAUCCAGAACCUGCAACCCGACACCAGCUACAGGAUCCGAAUCCAGGCCCUGAACUGCUUGGGCGCGGGGCCCUUUAGUCACACCUUUAAGCUGAAGACCAAGCCCCUGCCCCCGCAGCCCCCCCGCCUGGAGUGCACGGCCUUCAGCCACCACACCCUCAGGCUCAAGUGGGGCGACGGUCCAGCCAAAGCCGCCGCCUCGGACGCCCUCCAGUAUCACCUGCAGAUGGAGGACAAGAGUGGCAGAUUUAUCUCCUUGUAUGAAGGAACCUGCCACACCCACAAAGUGCAGAGGCUAAAUGAGUCUACCUCGUACGCGUUCCGCAUCCAGGCCUUGAACGAGGCGGGCUCGGGGCCCUUCUCGGCUGUUUACACCUUCACCACCCCGCGCUCUCCCCCGGCCCCCCUCAAAGCCCCCAAGGUGGAGCGCGUGGAUGACAGUUCCUGCGAGGUGAGCUGGGAGGCGCUGUCGCCCAUGAAGGGCGGCGACCCGGUCGCCUACGCUCUGCAGUUCAUGAUGGGGAACUCCGACUUCAAGCAGGCGUACAAAGGUCCCGGCACGUGCUUCACCGUGCAGCACCUCCACCCCAACAGCGACUACCGCUUCCGGGUGUGCGCCAUCCGCCAGUGCCAGGACGCGCCCGAGCUGAGCGGGCCCUACAGCCCCACCGUGACGCUCGCCGUCCAACGGGGGGGAGACGGCCCCGCCUCGGCCUCCUCCUCCUCCUCAUCCAGGUCCGCGUCCUCGUCCGCCUCCUCGCCGUCCUCCUCCUCCUCCUCCUCGACGUCCGGGCGGGCCGGACGCAGCCUGACGGACGAGCAGUGCGCCUUCCUGCUCCUCAUGGUGUUCGCCGUCAUCGCCAUCCUCAUCGCGUUCGUCAUCCAGUACUUUGUCAUCAAAUGAGCGCCCCCAACAGGGCACCACGGUUAUUACAGCUUUACUCUCCACCCUUUCACACUUUCCUCCUCUUUCCGCUCCACCACUGGCAGGGCGAGCGGGGAGCUUCUUGUCACACACAAGUAUGCACAUUGUUCAUUGCUCCGCAAAAAAAAAAAAAAAAAAUCGGGCUCUUGGGUGAAAUAACGGGACGACUGUAAAAUGCACAAAUAACCUUCAAGGUAACUUAAUUUGGCCUCGAAGCUGGAAAAUUUGGGUCCACUUACGCCUCUCUGUGACUUCUCCAGUCUCUGUCAAGGUAUGGUGAAACAUACGCAGUUGCCCCCGGUACUCGUUCCAGUGUUUGAACUACAAAGGGAGUUGGAAAUCACACGGCAUGGAACGUAAGCGGUGGGGGGACAUUUUCAAUUUUGAUCCAGACUUUUUGCCCCAACUCAAAAAAACAAAUCCAUUUAGUCAGAAACAAGAAGUUAGACGCUCUCGAUUGGAGAGGGGCAGCACCAAUUAUCAAAAAAAAAAAAAAUAAGAUGCCGAUUUUGAUAAUUGUUUCUUUGCAUUAAUCUUGCGAUUAUUGCCUAGCUGUCGUUUACUUGGCUUUAUGUCAUGAAACAAUACCAAUUUUUUUUUAAGUUCUGUUCCUUGCUAGGAAUUUUUUUCUAGAAUAAUCAAUUCUAAAACUACUGGAUAGCUUAAUUGAUUUGCUUCAGUGGGCCACAAAAAAUAUAUAUAAUGUGACAGAGAGACUGGAGGAGGAACAGAAAGACACUAGGGGGGCGUUUCAAACACUUAACAAAUGCAGUGGUUGUCAAAUUUUGUUUCAUAAAAAAAAAAAAUUAAAUCAAAAAUAUCAAUCACAAUCACACUGAAAUACAUGCAAAAAUGUAUUGAACUUUAAAGUUCAACACAACUGAACUGACAAUCACUGUCGUGCAUUUUCAUUUUCGACUCAUCAUGAAAAGCCCAACCUGCCCAACUUUUUGCGAGUACGGUUUAGAUUUGUAGUUGUUUCCACUUUGAAUCUUUUUUUUUUUUUUUUUGGGUGGGUGUAGUAUCCGCGUGACCUGCCUGGUGAGUUUGCACAGUGAAGGCUUGAGGACCACAUGAAGGGAAUUUUAACUAAAUCCUCCCCAAAUCUAUCCAAAAACAAAAAUCCAUAUUGUAGGAAGAUGAUUGAGCACUUUCGGUUUUUCUUUUCGUUCAUGUGGCGAAUGUUGAAGGAUGUAAAAAAAAACGUGAGCAGAGAAAAUCCUAUUUUUGUACAGCGACGGCGGCAGAGGAUGACGACAACAAAAAAAUAGGCUUGGGUUUCAAACGUGAGAGAAAAAUGCAAAGCAACCAACAAAUCCAACUAUUUUUUAUUCCCAUGAUCAUGAUAAUGUAGCUUGAUUUUACAAUGGCGCAGCAGCUGCUUGACGACGGAAAUCUUGUUCAGCACAAAAAGAUGUUCGCUUCCCUUUUGUUGUUUCCUUGAUGUUUUUUGUUUGUUUGUUUUUUUGCACCUUAGGGAAAGGAAAACAAAAACCUUGGCUGACUGCAUCCAGGUUGGCAUUUUACGCCACUAACACUUUUAAAAAAACUAAUUAAUUAAAAAGUCGGCAUCGCUGAAACAACUGAGCAAAAAAGAAAUAAAGAAAAAAAACGAUAAAAAGGUGUGGUUUCCGAGGCCUUAUUGGGGAAGACUUAAUUUCAUGUUGAGGUUUUGUUUUUGUUUUUUAAUUCUUUUUUUUUUUUUUUUUUUUUUUGCUACCUUUUAUUUUCCGUCAGUAAAGAGAAGAAACGCCGUAGUUGUUAGUGCGUGUUUCGUUUGACUUUUUUUUGUUGUUGUUGUUGUUUUUACUUUUGGCUCGUCCAGGGUUACGUGUGAAGUAUAUAUAUAUAAAUAUAUAUAAUCUAUUUUUUAUAUCAUGUGAUAAUAUAAGUCGAGAAGAAUAACGAUUUGCCGCGUACACCCUAUCCGUCACGUUAUUUUGAUUUCUGUGUAAUCAAAAGCAUUUCAAGCUAUUCUUGUCUUCAUUCCGAAAUUUGCAACUAUAUUACUAAAAUUAAAAAUAAAAAAAAACACAGUACCUUGCAAAAAAAAAAAAAAAAUUAGUCCUCAGACGUUCUCUCUCGCCGUCUAUCGUUUGAUACCAACUUGUGGCAUUCAAACAUCACCUGAUCAAUUUGGAGAGAUGAAAGCAAAAACGACCCCCCCCCCCCCACCCCCCAAGAAAUAUAUUUAAAUAUAUGCACAUGGAUGGAGAAACAACCAUUUUUAUGUUAUUUUAACCUUUGCAGUUAUACCUCAUUGAGCAUACAUUCCAAAAAUGGCAAUUUGUUAUACGAUACAUACUUGGCUAACGAGACAUAUCACUUUCCAAAUGUUGAUUAUGUGGGCGGGGAAAUGGAAUGGAAUCAUAGAAAUGUAUUUAACGUGUAUAUGUAUAGUCAUGAUAUCUACAACAAAUUCCAUGCACAAUAAAAGAUUUAUUAUUCUUAAA